AAGAAAACUAUAGCUAUCCAUUACAGAAAAUGUAAUCCUAAACAUCAAAAAGGCGUCCGUGAAGUCACCUCCGUUGGACGACAAAAAAUGGGCUACAUUCAUCAACGCGCAAAUGAUAUUCUCAGAAGAGUUGUUUUUCCGGUGUUGAACGAUGAUAAAAUUACGAGAUCAAUUCGAUAUGAUGAAUUGAUAAUUCUGGCGGGUAAUAAGUUUUGCGAAAAAUAUACACUCAAACACCAACACGAUUUAAUAAGAUCAAAUCUGCGGUUGUUGGGCCGUUUGAAACGUGCUGUGAUGCGACGGGAAAAAAACGUGAAGGAAUUCAGCGACAUUUUCAUACCCCAAAAUUACGACGUCACUGUAGAAGCAGUUCGAGAAUGUGCAGGUUAUGAUAUGAAUUCACAAAUGUUCAAAUCACCAUCGGUUGCUACAACUCUCGGUACGUUAUUGAAAAAUGCGCAAAUAUAUUGAAAACAGAAUAUAUAAAAAAAGUUUUACCGGAAAAAAGAGAAGCUACUCAACAGUUUCUUGAAUUGUUUGAAGUAGACUUUUCUACGACAAUUAAUAAAAAAGUGAUGGUAGAUCAAGUAAAAAAAAAAAGAGAUAAAACAGUCGUACUACCUUCGAAAUCAGACAUAAAAAAAUUGCAUGAUUUCUUAAAAAAAAAGGCACAGCAGCCAUGGAGAUAUUGAGAGAAAAAUUCGAAUAUGCUGCGUGACAGUCGCUGUGUGAAGCGUGCCUCAUUUUCGUCAUGAUGUUCAAUCGCCGUCGUGCAGGAGAAAUUGAACGCCUUUUACUAACUGAUUAUGCGAAUCGGACAUCUGUGGAUGAACACGUUAAUCCAGAUUUAUACGCCACACUGUCGGAACAAUCUCGCGCGUUCGCAAACAAGUAUGUGCAUUUGACAAUCCGAGGAAAGCUCGGUAGAACCGUUCCGGUCAUGCUUGAUCCGACAUUAGUCGAAUGGAUCGAAACAAUUCUUAAAUAUCGAUCUCACGCAAAAGUAAAAUCUAGUAACGAAUUCGUCUUUGGAUUACCAACGAGAGAUAAGUUCAAAAAACCUUAUUUACGUGCUUGCUCCCUGAUGCGAAAAUUUUCCGAAGAAUGCGGUGCAAGCAUUCCAGAAUCACUCCGAGGCACAACUCUUCGAAAACAUAUUGCAACGUAUACUGCAAUGUUAAAUAUCGAAGAAAAUCAAGUCGGUGAUCUGGCCAAAUUUAUGGGGCAUAACCCACAAAUCCAUAAAGACGUUUAUAGACUCUCCAGUUCUAUAAAAAAUGUCACUGAUGUCUCACGAUUACUGCGAUCAGCAAUGGGAAUGGAUGACAAUGAAACUGACAACGAAAGUGUGGAUGAAAUAGAACCUAUGCCAAGCACUUCUGGUAUAGUUAUGCCUCAACAAAAAGACCUGCAUCAAAGGGACAUCGAUGAUUUGCCCAGCUCAUCAGAGGAUGACCUCGACAACACAGGGUCUUCUGGGCGAUCGAAGAGACGCAGCACUUCACCGUAUGGAAAAACGAGACGCAGGCGGUGGACAGAGGAUGAGAAAAGGGCUGUUGAAUCAUUUUUCGGGGAUCCUUCGAAAAUUAUCAAACUUCCGACCCUCCAAAAAUGUCAAGAAGCGAUCCAGAAGAAUUCAGCUUUCUCUGGUUGGAAACCACAGGAGUUAAAAACUUGGAUUGAUAACCAACGAAAGUCUGUAAAACGAAAAGCGAAUUCGUCUCGCUGAUCGCAGAUUUUCGAAUCCGUUAAUGUUCAAAAUAAUCUGAAAUACAUUUUUAAUAUUUUUGAAUUAUAACGAUUUAAAGGCUUAGAAAACGAAAAUGAUUUAUUCGUUUUUUUUCUUUUAUUUUCAUCGAGUAUUUCAUUUUUUCUUAAUGGAAAAGAAUUUUUUUUCGAAAUAUUUUUAUCAAUAUUUUGCGCUACAUCAGACACAACAGCCAGUACCUUCUGGAGGUGUCCUGCACAAACGUAAAAGUUAUCAACGCCUUAGAAUUCAACAUAUGCAUAAUUGAAAUUUUCCACCACAUGCUUUAAAAACUCUUCAAAUUAUGUUAUUGGUCUUUAACAUAAGCUUCUUGCACAAUCUUAAAAUUUAGGUUACUAUACAAUACCGUAAGCGUUAAGUUUGAAAAGUGACACAAUGAAAAGGUAUUUACAGAGAAACCAGGUGUUGCUUCAAUAUUUUAAUUUUUUUUCCAGUACCACAGCUCAAAAACAUUGAAACUUUUAUUUUCAGUAUCCUUCAGUUCCGUUUCUAUGAAAAAUGUAAAAGAAUACUAUAAUGAAACGAUGAUGUUCAUUUUUUUUUUAAUUUUAAGUAUGAAUGAAUGUAUUUGAUAUGUUUGUUAUUAAUGAUAUGUAAAAUU